GCACGCUCCUCUUUGCUCGCGCGGCGUGUGUGUCGUGUGUGUGGUCUUCGAGGGGAAUGGGUGGAUGAUUAUUAUUAUUAGCUAGUUCAUAGUUGCAUUUCAUUACUCCUGCAGGCUCCCUAUUUUGCUCAACAUCUGCUUGAGACAUGGCUCGUGACCGUAGUGAGAGCAGCAGCUCAGGCUCUGGCUCUGGUUCCGAUGACGAAAAGAAGAAGCCAGCUGAGAAGAAGGAGCGUGGUCGGGAGCGAGAGAAGAAGAAGAGAGCUAAAAGUGGUAGCCCUUCUUCUAGUGACAGCAGCCGCAGCUCCUCGGCCAGCUCCUCGGGCUCGUCUUCCAGCAGCAGCAGCGCCAGCAGCCGCAGCAGCAGCUCGUCCAGCAGCAGCUCGGGCGGCCGCUCGGGCCGCGGCCGGAGGAAGCCGGCGGCCAGCCGGCCCGAGCGGCCGCCGGCCGGCCGCGACCGCGAGCGACGCUCCCGGUCGCGCAGCGCGCCGCGCCGCAAGGCCCGCUCGCCCACACCCAAACCGCUCAAGAUCCACGUCGGUCACCUGACCCGGAACGUCACCAGGGAUCACGUCCAGGAGAUAUUCUCGGUGUACGGUCCGGUGAAGCUGGUGGACCUGCCGUCGAAGCGGUUCCACUCGGACCUGAACCGCGGCUACUGCUAUGUGGAGUACGAGACUGCCGAGGCCGCCGAGUCGGCCAUGAAACACAUGGACGGCGGACAGAUUGACGGCCAAGAGGUGACGUGCGCGCCGGUGCUGCUGCCGCGCCCGCGGCCCCGCCGCUCACCGCCGCCCAUAAUGCGCCGCCCGCUGCCGCCCCGGUACAGCAACCUGCCCAGGUACCGGCGCCGCUCACCGCCGCCGAUGCGCCGCCGCUCGCCGCCGCCGCCGCCGCGCCGGCGCCGCUCGCGGACGCGCUCACGCAGCCCGCGCCGCCGCCGGCAGCCGAGCCGCAGUCGCAGCCGCAGCCGCAGCCGCUCCAGUUCGGCCUCCAGCCGCUAGGGGCGCCGCGGUCGCCCAGGGUACCGGGGCUGGGUGGACGCCGGGAGCUGCUCUCCGCCGGCCCGGACUGUACCGGCUGGACAGUGGGCAGCGGACCCGCUGCCACGGACCGCCGGCCGCCGGCUGGUUCGCCCGCCUGCCGAUAGGCGGCGGACGGUUCCGCAGACUGUCACCAGAUGGCAGGAGUGGUGGUGCGCAGUGGCUGCCCGCGCGGUUCGAGUGCAGAAUGCGUGGGCUCGUCGACUGGGUUUGUCACAUGAUGGGUGGAGCCUCUGUGCUUGUGCUCUGGUGGGGAGGCACUCAUUAGUAAAAUCAGAAAGUUCUGGAUUCAUUAGCCCUUGUCCCAUUUGCACGAAUUGAAAGCGUGAAUGAGUGUCCAUCAGACCGUCGGGCCCAUUUGCUGUCGCAUGCCGUCGUCUGUAGGCAGUGUGGCGUCAUCGCUGAUCAUCACCCCUAGUUUCAGCCACCAACAUCCGUGCGUGUGUCUGUCUGUCUGUGUGGGAGCCAGAGAAGUCACCUCUCCAUCCCAGCGAGGGCCCCGUCCGCCAUUUCGGAACAAAGUCGGGGACCCGCUCUGGAAUCAUUUCAGCGCGUGUGUGUGUUUGUGUGUCUCUUCUGUCAAUACACUGGAUUCGGCCGCCA